AUGACUCGCCACUCGAAGCAGAAUACGGCUUUAGGCCACUUUACUUAUGCUGAAUAUCAAAUGCUGAAAGACCGUUGGGGCUCGCGUAGUCUGCGGCUCUCGAAGGAGAAUAUGCGCGCAUUUUAUGCUUGCUACUUAUGCCUUCAAGCUGCUCAGCAGCCUGUCUGUUGCGGUGAAGGGCAUCUCUUCUGCAAGAAGCGUGCACUUGCCGACCAUGCCCAACGACGUAGUGACCGUGCACGCAUUGCUGCCGACAAAGCCGCUGAGGCUUAUGAGCGUGAAGCCAAAAAUCGUGUGGCCGCAUUCGCGCGCAACGAUGGACCUGUGUCUUGGCAGACCACGAACAACGGCAAGCGCAAGCACGACGAUGAUGACGGAGGGGGCUCGGCUGAGAAGCGUGCUUCGAUGCACAAGGGGUCUGAAUCGUUGGCACCUUCAUCAACCUCAGCAUCUUCCCACACAGCGAUGCCGGCAUUUUGGCUUCCCAGUAUGGCACCUGAAGUUUCUCGUGAGGAACAGGAAAAAGCACAGGCCGCUCUGGACGAUGAACGCCCUUCCACUACACUAUGCACAGCAACGUCUGACAAACCUCACAAAUUGCUUUCGAAGCAUUUGAUCCCAGUACACUUUAGUGUGCGGAAAAUCGAGCAGGAAGAGCAGAUGUACUGUCCAUGCUGCAAGAAAGAGUUCUCGCUUGUUUCACGAACAAAUGUUCUACGUCCCUGUGGGCAUGUGCUAUGUGCAUCAUGCACAACGACUCUUGUCACAACGCCACUUUCUCACGGCGAGCCUGUGUCAUGUCCAGAAUGUAGUCGAGUCAUUCCAAAGACGCGUGAUGUGAUCCCACUGGUGCGAGAGGGAACGGGGUAUGCAAGCGGCGGCGCAACAGAGGCACACGCGAGAGGGAUUGCCUUCCAGGGCUAG